GCAUCUUGAUCGCAUCGUUGUCGACGACAGGAUGGCUGCGAAUUCAGGCAUAUCAGCAAGAUGGUGACACUGACAUUCUGGACAGAUGCAGGGCCUUGUCACUAUCAUCGAACACUAAUAUUGGACAGGGCGCAGCAAGCAACAACCUCUCAAAAGGGUCGAAGUACAGGGCGAGAUGGGCGUCUUCUACAGGUUUCUUGGAACCUUGCAUAGAACACCUGGUGUUACUCGAUACCUACCUAGGUAGGCAUUCGACGUCGACCUGUCUGCCAGGUUCUUGCACGAGGACCUCGAAUGCACCGGAACGCAUUCCGCAUCCCAGCCUCAACCAGUUGUCAGGAAACCAAGCUUGAAGCGAGCAACGUCAUUUCAAACAACGCACAGCCACGCAAAACCACUCAGCCCACCGUGCCCCGGCUUCUUUCUGCAAGGAGAGAAUCCAAGAACAACGAAAUCUCUGACAAGAAGGGGGUAAAUCAUCAUUUGGGCCGACAAGCCAUCCAUCCAGAAGCCAUGCCCUUCAAAGACGCCCUCGCGCACUUCAAGUCCCAGAUCAAGGACCUCCAGCAGGAAGGGCAGAAGAUCUUCUCCGGGGGCCAGCAACAAAGACAACACCAAGACCCGCAGCAAUAUCCCGGCGCACAGCAGCAUCAACCGCCCCCGAUCCCGCAGUCCACACGGCCCAACCAACAGCAAUUCCAUCCACCGGGCGGCCAGCCGGGAUUCCCACCCCAGCAGCCAGCGAUAUACUGGCAGGCUCGCUUUGAUCCAGCGGUGCCGGUCAGCGCGGAGUGGGAGCACAAGCUGGGCAAUAACAACGGGUGGGGGAACAAUGAGAUCGAGCAUUAUACGGCCGAGGGGGGGAAUUCGUUCUACACGCCCAACAACCUCCUGGUCCUGCGCGCCACCUCGUCUCCCAACAACCCGGACCCGACGAAGAAAUACACCUCGGCACGCCUCGUCUCGCGACAGCGCCUCUCACGCCCACAGGGCAGCCUAGUGGCGACGCUGACGCUGCCCUGCGCAGGGGGCAUCUGGCCCGCAUUCUGGCUGCUGCCGUUCGAGCCGUUCGCGUGGCCGACGGACGGGGAGGUGGACAUUGCCGAGACGUGGAACGGCGACGGGGUCAACCACUCGUGCCUGCACUGGGGGUUCUACACGCCGCAGGACACGAUGAAGCACCGCGUCGUGGCCACCCCCGUGCAGGGCAUGGCCGGCGGCAGACCCGUGCGGUUCGAGUUCGCGUGGAUGCAGGACACGUCCGCGGGACCGGGACAGGGACAGGGGCGGUUGCUGUGGUGGAUUGACGGGCAGGCCGUCAUGAAGGCCCCCAUCCCGCAGGGCACGCGGCCCAUGGCCGACUUCGUCGUGCUCCUCAACAUCGCCAUGGGGGGCAACGUCUGCGCGGGCCAGAUCCCCCGCGAGGGCAGCUACGAUAUGGCGGUGCACGAGAUGAAGAUGAUCGAGGAGCCCGAGGCCGGGGGCUGGGCGAGGUUCGAGAGGGACUGGGCAUGGGUCAGGGAGGGGAACACCAUUUAAGAUGGAUUAGAGGCGCGUCAAUUCUUGGUCCUUUCUUUGAGCGUGAAGGAAUGAUUGAUGACCGGUUGGGUUGGAGCCAGUUCACUCACUACACGAAACAUAUGGACUUCGACCAUGGCGUUUUACAGAUUGAAUUCAUAAAUCUCAAAGUCGCCCUGCACCCGUAUGUUCCGGGCUGGGGAUGGGGGCUGUGCACUGAUGAGGUUGCAGCAUAUUGAGGAGACGAGCGAACGUUGGAACAAUAUUAAUGCCCAUUUUUAGAGACUCGGUCUCGUGCUGUACACAUGUCGUUGGUAGAACAAGC